UGACGGUGAUGAUUACAAGCCAACUCAGGAUGUUGAGUCUUCUGAUGACUAUUCUGGUAUUAACAACGUCUUAGUUAUAGCACACUGUUUCCACUGUAGGUUACGUUUUUUUUUAUCGUGCAUAACAUCUUGUGAUGGGGUUUGCAACUCUCAUUACAGUAGUAGGACACCAGUGAGUUGUCUCCCAAUUAAAUACAAGCACCACUGGUGAUUUAUAAAAUAUUAGUUCCCUCAAAUCACAAGAUUACAUCCAGUCAUAAAAUACUCUUGAUGGGGAACAUUGAGAGGGUAUAUGAUCCUAAAGAUUGAAGAUAGACAAAUAUCUUUUGAUAACCUUUUAAAACUUUUGAUCAGAAUUUUCUUACCUUUAUAAUAUACAGGUAGGAACAAUAGAUUUAACACUCAGUAUUCACCUUCAAUUGAUUUACCAUGUGAAAUUUCUUAGAAAAGUAUUUUGAUAUAUUUUGAAAAAAAUAUCCUGGUCUUUAAUAAUAAUAAUAAUAAUAAUAAGUGGUCUUAUAUAGCGCGGUACCCCGGCCUAGGGCUUGGCUCACCGCGCUGUACAUAAAUAUAGCAAAGAGGCAUAAUCAUAAUAUAAAAAUAAAAUACAUAAAUGAAAUAGAAACAACAUAUAAGCAAAACAACACCAUAGGUCUAUUCAUCCACCCACACCAGACAUUUUUACAAGGAAACCCAUGUACGUUUAUCGGUUUAUAGGAGGAGAAUCAGUCAGAGUAGUAUAGUUUAAAUAGAUGUGUUUUGAGUGCAGUUUUGAAGGCCUGUGUGGUUGUUAUAUUGCGGAUGUGUAGUGGCAAAGAAUUCCAUUGUUUGGGGGCGCAGAAAGAGAAAGAUCGUUCACCAUAUAAUUUAGUGCGUGUCUUGGGAACGGACAGAAUACGCGAGUCUGCGGAGGAGCGAAGUUGUCGAAGGGGUGAAUAGACAGAAAGAAGUUCAGUUAGAUAGGAAGGGCAGGAAUCCGAGAAAAAGUUGUGACAGAGAAGAGACAGCUUGUAGUCAAUGCGUGCCUGUAUAGGGAGCCAAUGUAGUGAGUGGAGUAGUGGAGUGACGUGAUCAUGUUUUUUUGCCUUAAGAACAAGCCUAGCAGCAGAGUUUUGAACUUUCUGCAGUUUUUCUAUAAAAUGUUUCGGUGAACCUGACAGAAGUGAGUUGCAAUAGUCAAGACGAGAGAGAACAAGAGCACAGACUAGAGUUUUUGUUGCGCUAACUGUCAGGUAGUGGCGGAUGGAGCUGAUCUGACGGAUGGCGGUGUAUGCCGAACGACAAAUGUGAGAGAUAUGUUUAUCGAGAGACAUGUUGUUAGAAAGAAUAUAACCAAGAUUCCUAGCAGAGGGUGUAAACUGUAUGUCGGAGUUACCUACUUGAAAUGAGGUGGGAAGAGUUGAGGUAGAGGAUGAUUUGUGAUUGUAAAUGAGGAGUGCUUCUGUUUUGUCAUCAUUAAGCUUCAACUUGCUGAGUGUCAUCCAAGACUUGACAUCAUCAAUGCACCCCCGCAAAGUCUGGACAGCGGAAUCGACAAGAGAUGGAUGGGUAUGCAUGUAUAGCUGUGUAUCAUCUGCAAAUGACUGGUUCUCAACAGCAUGCCUCCCGAGCAAGAGGAGUAGUGGCCUGGUAUACAUUAUGAAUAGAACCGGACCCAAAACGGACCCCUGUGGCACUCCGUACACCAAAUCAGCACUGCCGGAGAGACAGCCAUCGACAGAGACCAUUUGCGUUCUAUCAGAGAGGUAGGACCUAAACCAAGCCAAAACCGAACCAGAAAUUCCAAAGUAGUUUUCAAGGGUUUUGAAAAGGAUUUCAUGGUCAACAGUGUCAAAGGCCGCACUGAGGUCUAAGAGGAUCAAAAUGGAGACAUUACCGCUGUCCAUUGCGCGCAAGAGGUCAUUACUGACUCUCAAGAGAGCUGUCUCCGUGCUAUGGAAAUGUCUAUAGGCCGACUGAUUAGAACUGAGAAGAGAGUGAUCAUUUAAGUAAGCAAAAAGUUGUUUUAGGACUAGUUUUUCAAUAACUUUAGAUAAAAAUGAUAAGUUAGAUACAGGUCUAUAGUUUUUUAAAUUAUUUUCAUCCAGACCGGGCUUCUUAAGCAAUGGUUUGAUGACAGCUGAUUUGCAAAGAGGCGGAACAGUGCCAGAAUAUAAGCUUUCAUUUAUUAUGCGGGUUAUUGUUGGGAGCAAGAUAUCUAAUGACUCAACCAACAGGGGGGUUGGGAUGGGAUCCAAAGAACAUGACGUAUGUUUAGAUUUUAGGAUUAUAUUUUUUACCUCAAGUUCUGAAACAGGUUUAAAAAUAUUAAAAUGUGAAGUAAGACAAGGGAAAGAAGGAACAUUCAAGGGGAGGGGCAUCAAGACGAUCAAGCUCAGCUCGAAUGUCAGCUACUUUGCUUGUAAAGAAAUCACAGAAAAUAUCUGGUUGCUUGGGAAGGGGAAACACCGAAGGAAGCGCAGUUCCUUUGUUACUCCCCCUAAGGUGACCACAAACAAAUUUCUUAGAAAAGUAUUUAGAUAUAUUUUGAAAAAAAUAUCCUGGUCUUUCUAAGCAGACCUCACAGAAGAGGUAGGAGCGAUAUAUUUAACACUCAGUAUCACCUUCAAUUGAUUUACCAUGUGAAAUUUCUUAGAAAAGUAUUUUGAUAUAUUUUGAAAAAAAUAUCCUGGUCUUUCUAAGCAGACCUCACAGAAGAGGUAGGAGCGAUAUAUUUAACACUCAGUAUUCACCUUCAAUUGAUUUACCAUGUGAAAUUUCUUAGAAAAGUAUUUUGAUAUAUUUUGAAAAAAAUAUCCUGGUCUUUCUAAGCAGACCUCACAGAAGAGGUAGGAGCGAUAUAUUUAACACUUAGUAUUCACCUUCAAUUGAUUUACCAUGUGAAAUUUCUUAGAAAAGUAUUUUGAUAUAUUUUGAAAAAAAUAUCCUGGUCUUUCUAAGUAGACCUCACAGAAGAGGAGGAGGGGAGAGAUGAAAACCUUUGUGGGGCAAGCAAGAGAAAAAGAAGGCAUUCCAGGAAUUCUGCCAGGAGAAAGAAGCCCCGCCCACCUCCAAAAUACAGAGAAGCUGUAGGUGAAGAUGAGCCAACCCGGACCAAGGUCAAGAGGGAUUUGUCCAUCAGACAGGAGAAAGACGACGCUGAUCCAGAGGCUUAUCAGAGAAGGCUUUUUAAGUAGGUCAUUGUCUGGCUCACUGGUUCAUGUUAUUUGGAUGUCCAUUUUUAGAUCUGUCUGAGCUGUUUAAUGCAAGACCAAACAGACUCAACAAGACAGAUUUGUCAGAUCUGUUUAAUAAAAGACCAAACAGACUCAACAAGAUAGAUUUACCAGAUCUAUUUAAUACAAGACCAAACAGACUCAACAAGAUUGAUUUACCGGAUCUAUUAAAUACAAUAUCAAACAGACUCAACAAGACAGAUUUGUCAGAUCUGUUUAUUAAAAGACCAAACAGACUCAACAAGAUAGAUUUGCCAGAUCUAGUUAAUAAUAGACCAAACAGACUCAACAAGAUAGAUUUGUCAGAUCUGUUUAAUACAAGAUUAAACAGACUCAACAAUUUCUUUGCAUGUUUCAAAAAAGUUAAUUCAAUGUUAAUAUUUUGGAAUUAAUCCUCUUACCAACAGGCAGCAGAAAAUUGAUAGGCAGGAAGCAGAGAGGGAGGC